AUGACGAUGCAGGCGCGCGACCCGACGGAGGUGCUGACGACUGAAAACAAGGAGAACUCGGCGGCCGGCAGCAACCAGACGUCGGCCACAAUGCGGGCCAAACUGCGCAACAGUAGCGAUGCGUCGCGCCGCGUAUACGACAGCGACCGGUUCAAACUCGUACAGAGUCGUCGAGGCAGCGGGGCGUCUAGCCCUGGCCACGCGCUGCAGACCAGUAACCAAGACGAGAAUGUAGAAAUGGAUAGGUUAGUUGAUGCAGUGCCACCGCCCGCUCCGGCCGCGCAGAAGAAGAAGAAGGAGCCCACACCACAACCGGUAGUGCCGGACCAGAUCCUCGAGGCGUAUUUGGACACGAAGGGCUACGUCAAGACACGUACAUAUAUCAAGGGCAAGUUCCUGGGCAAGGGAGGUUUUGCUCGAUGUUACGAGGUAAAAUGCGACCAAACGGGCAAGAUUUACGCGGGCAAAGUGGUGGCCAAAAGUUCACUGGUGAAACCUAAGGCCAAACAGAAAUUUACGUCGGAGAUCAAGAUUCACAAGUCGCUGCAUCACCCGCAAGUUGUUCAGUUCGAGCAUUUCUUUGAGGACUCGGACAACGCGUACAUCCUGCUCGAGUUAUGUCGGAACCAGUCCAUGUCGGACUUGAUGCGGAGGAGGAAAAGGUUGUCCGAGAGUGAGGUGAGAUUUUACAUGAGGCAGCUAGUGGACGGCCUGGCGUAUCUGCACAAGAAUCUAGUGAUCCACCGCGACCUGAAGCUAGGAAAUCUGUUCCUCACGUCGGAUAUGCGACUGAAAAUCGGAGAUUUUGGACUCGCCACCAGGCUGGAUAAUCCAGAAGACCGCAAGCGCACAAUGUGCGGCACACCCAACUAUAUCGCGCCUGAAAUUUUGAGUGGACAGCGUGGCGACGGACACAGCUUUGAAGUCGAUAUUUGGUCCACGGGUGUGGUUAUGUACACUUUAUUGGUCGGCCGACCUCCUUUCGAGACAGAUGACGUCAAAGCCACGUACAAGCGCAUCCGUGCGAACCAGUACGAGUUUCCUGACACGGUCCACGUUUCUCGCUCGGCCCAGUCGCUUAUCCGCGGUAUCUUACGCAGCGAUCCAGGCGCACGACCAUCGUUAGAGCAGAUUUUAAAGCACCCGUUCUUGGCCGACGAGUUCGUGCCCACGGCGCUGCCUAGGACCGCGUUAAUGGUCACUCCACCAUCGUGUAAACCUCCGUCGUUCGCUAGUCGACACAGUGACAGCGAGCGCUUUGUGAGGUCAACUGGAGUAAAAGUCCCGCCGCCACGGGCAGCCUCAAAGAGGUAUCCUCUGAAGACGCGAGACGACAACCAACGAGCUUCUGACCCGGGCACAUCACCUGCGUUGGCACAAUCUCUACCCCCUGCAUAUAAACGUGACGGCUCUGGAAGAACAUCAGGCAGUUCUAGUUCCAAUCGAAGGACAGAGAGAUCGACAGCAGUGGAGACGUCACAGACCGUCCUGGAAGCCGCGUACAAGUCGUUGUCUCGGUUCUUUUACCUUCAAGAACACAGUCGCGACGGGAGAUUGAGCGCGUCGUCUUCUGCUGCGAGUAUCGUCGCCGAAGCUCAAAAGCUAAAACAGAUUCGCGACGAGGCUGCGGAGAUGCAGCCGCUUGUUGCUGCCAGUCUGUGGAUCUCUCAAUGGGUCGACUACACGACCAAGUACGGCAUCGGCUACAUGCUCUCGAAUGGCGGAUCGGGAGUGUACUUUAACGAUUCCACCAAGAUGAUCUCGUCAGCUGAUGGGAAAGUUUUCGAGUACAUUGAGCGUCAGAGCAGCCAGACUUCAGGACCAGAAGCGCACGCUCGCUACACGGUGGAGAACUAUGACCCGGUACUCAGCAAGAAGGUGACUCUUCUUGGCCACUUUAAAGGCUAUUUAGUGGACGCCCGAGCGGAGAAUGACGAGGCGGAUACUCUAGAAAGUCAACUCGCUCGCUCGUUCGUGCUCUCGUCUCGAGAGGUUAACACGGACACUAGUAGUGACGACGGAGCGAGCCAGUCGAUGGUGUUCGUUAAGAAGUGGGUCAAGACUCGUCAUGCGGUGCUGUUCCAGCUCUCGAACGGGACGAUUCAGUUCAAUUUCUUCGACAAGUCGAAGCUUAUGUUAUCCUCCAACGCCCGCGUUGCCACGUAUCUGAACCGUGAGGGCGACUUGACCGUCUUCUCGUCAUCAAUGGCAAUCCUCACGUCGGAGCGACCCGAUCUGGCCAAACGCUUGCGCUAUGCGAAGGACAUGCUGCAGCAAAUGGUGCGACCACCGGAACACAAGUAA